CGAAAAUUUAACUCUUAAAUUAAUCAGAAAUAUAAUAUGAAUGUAAUAAGAACAGAAACAACCUUAAAGCCAUUGAGAAAACGAUUGUGCCAAGAAUCAAAUGUUCGGUUAAUGAAACUUCAAUUUGAAUUCGAUAUGGAAAAAAAGUUGGGGAAAAAUUGGAAAUCGGCUGUCACUUCGAGUUACUCGAAAAAUAAAAAAUUUGAAAAUGUAGUACGUAAAAAACGGAUUGUCCCUACAUCGUCGUCUUUGUUAACCGGUGCAUCACGCAAUUGCAUUUCCAAAUCAGGAACAAGAACUACUACAGGUGUCAGAACUACUACAGGUUCGAGUUUGUUUGAAUCAGUUACUGGUAGCACUAUUCUCGCGUUAACAACCGGCCGAGGUGAUGCGAGAUUCGAAGUUGGCAUGGCAGCGUUGAAUGUUCGUUGUUCACAUUUGAUCCUUUGUCAAAUCAGCGAUUCACAGACUUAUAUUAAUACGUUAAGCAAGUUGUAUUUGUUCGAUCCAAUAGAAGUUUUGAUGCCAGAUACGAUGUGCGAACGUAACAUGAGUAGAAAUAUCCUGUACAGUUUAAUAAUAGACAAAUUUUCUGAGAUAGAAAUAACAGCAAUAUCUCGUGUACACUUCAACGACACAGUCGGAUUUGAACGAAUAAAAUCUCUUUGUAAUCCCAUAUAUUCGUCGGUUGAACUAUUCAUUAAGCAAAAGUAUUAUGCAUUAGCUGCAGCUGCAUCGCUAUUAAAGUAUGUCGAAUAUGUUCAGCGUAUUGUUUACACGCCAAAAUCUAUGAAAAUUGAAUUUCAAGGAUCACCAAACGCUACCAAUAUAGAUUUGGAAAGCGCACGGAGCUUGGAAUUAGUACAGUCGCAAUGUGGUCAACGAAAUAUGAGUUUGUUAGGUACCUUGGAUCGAUGUUCAACGCCAAUGGGUAGAAAACUUUUACGCGCGAACAUACUUCAACCUCCGUGCGAAGAACGCGUAAUUCUCGAACGACAAGCCGCCGUUGGCGAGCUUGUAUCCAAUCGUUCAUUACGUGCACUUAUUCAGCCUAUCGUACGACGGCUUUAUGGCGCUGAUAGACUUUUACUUUUAUCGAUAACUCCUGUUUUACAUGAAAAUAAUGUGCAAAACGCGGAGCAAAAUUUAAAUUAUGUUUUAUUAUUGAAAAAUUUAUUAGAUGUUAUACCUGAACUAGGAAAGAUAUUAUUAAGCGGCGAAAGCGAUUUUUUUUGCAAAAUUCAAAAGAAAUUGGAAAUUGAGGAAUUCCGACUAAUGCAAGAAAGGAUUCUUGAAAUGGUACAUCCAGAUGCAAGAUCAGUAACUGGAUACACAUCCUCGAAUAUGCAACGUUGCUUCGCUAUCAGAGCAGGAAUUAAUGAUCUGUUGGAUAUCGCUCGACAGACUUAUUGCGAAUUAAUCGACGAUAUGAAAAUUAUGGUGGAAAAUUUAGCAUCCAAAUAUAAAUUUACUUUAUCUUUAAGCUGCAAUGCUAAUCUUGGUUAUCAUAUUCAAAUGAUAUUACCUCGAAAUUCAAAUGCUGAAAUUUUUGAUCCACCAUCUGAAUUCAUAGAGGUACGAAAGAGUAAAAGAGUAUAUACCAUGACUACAAAUGCGCUUGCAACAUUGAGUCAACAAUGCAAGAUUGCAUGCGAGGAAUUGCAUUUAAUGAGUAAUGUACUCCUUUGUGAUUUGCUUCAAAACAUUAGAGAAUACAUUGGCUGUUUAUUUCAAUUGAGUGCGGAUAUCGCAGAACUGGAUCUAAUAACAUCCCUAGCUCAAAUCAGUUCUCUUCCAACAUACGUGAGACCAUCGUUUGGCUCAAAAUUAGAAUUAAUUGAUUCGAGACAUCCAAUAAUGGAUAUUUUCGGUCUCGAUAGUCCCAUACCCAAUAAUAUUUAUGCUUCGAUACCUAAAAAUCUAUGUAUAAUUUCUGGACCUAACAUGAGUGGCAAAUCGACUUAUCUUAAACAAAUUGUUCUAUUGCAAAUAAUGGCACAACUUGGUUGUUUUGUACCGGCUAAGCAAGCAAUGUUUCGUAUAACAAAUCUUGUAUUCUGCAAGAUAGUUACUCGCGAUGAUAUUGAAUGCAAUGCAUCCACAUUUUCUCUAGAAAUGAAAGAAGCGCAAUAUAUUUUGCGAUCUAUCACACCAACUUCACUGAUUAUUCUAGAUGAAUUAUGUAAAGGUACUGCCAUCGAAGAAGGUGCUUCAAUCGCGUGGGCUAUAUGUGAAAAACUUUUAAAUACAACUGCUUUUAUUUUUGCUGCGACUCAUUUUUUUAAUCUAACGAAAUUAGGAGAUUUAUACUUCAAUGUGACAAAUCAAUACUUUGAAACGAUAAAUGUUCAAGGAUCACAAACCGAUAAUUGCCAUCACCGAUUAACUUAUACUCAUCGAUUGAAAUCUGGUGUAGCACCUACUGAUGAUUACGGUAUCGUUUUAGCUGAAUUAUCUGGUUUACCAAAAACAGUUACAGAGAAAGCACGAAAAUAUGCUUCUGAACAAAUAAUUAUUGAUCGAAUUACAACUAAAUCGGAUAUAUGGGAAAAGACAUGUUAUGCCACUCUGAUUAGUUUGUACGAACUUUUAGAAAAUGAUGAGUUUAAUUGGGAACAAGUUACUUUGCUUAUUCAAAAUUUCCUAAAACUUUGGAAACGAAAAGGUGGCAAAGAUAAUGUACAAGAAAAUGAAAAAAUGACAAACGGAAAUGAAAUUGAUAUACAGGAAAACGAUAAGAGUAAACAUUCCAUAGAUAUUAUAUCUGACGUAACGAUACAUUCUAAAACAAAUUUCGAUGAAAAGGAACAAUAUGAAACUACAAAGAAUAUCGAGUCGAAAGAAAUUUCUACCUCAACUCAUAUCGCGUGUAGCAAUGCAUCGUUGAAAACUCUCGAGAUUCAAAAUGAAACUAUCAAUUGUCAUAAUAAUUUGUCCAACGAAUAUUAUAUAUCACCAAAUAGCACAUUUAAUUUAGCUCAUUCUUUGUCAUUUCAUUCCAUGACAACUGAAAAUAUUUCGAAUAAAUUUGAAAAAUUUUCUACGUCAGAUAAUUUAAAAUGUAGUCUUUGUGCAGAAUGUUAUGAUUGUAUCGAAAGAAUUUCCAUCACGAAUAAUUCAUCUUCAUCAUUUAUUCCAUCACACGAUGAAUUAUUAUCAAUGCAAAUGUCAAAGUCAAGAACAAUAUCGAAAUCACCUAAAUUGUACGAGUAUUGUCUUUCGGAUAAUGAUUUUGAAGCGUUCACUAUUUCUCCAAAUACAAAUUAAAAUAAUAUGAUUGAAUUAAUAAGAUUGAAAAUAUUUAUACAUUUUUUUUUUUAUUCUUUUUUAUAAUUUUUAAUUUAUUUACACGA